AUGAAUUAUAAGAAUGCUGAAACUCUUAAAGUGAUAACAAGGUCAAGAGUUGGAGUGUUUAAACCCAAACAAUACUCGUAUGAUUUUCAUUUAUACUUUGCAGAAUGUAGUCAAGUUGUUAAACCAAAUUCAGUAGAUGAAGCCUUGAAAUCUGAAAUAUGGGGGAAAGCUAUGAAAGAGGAGCUUGAUCCCUUAAAAAGGAACAACGCUUGGACCUUAGUGCCCAAAACAACAACAAUGAAUGUAGUUGGCAACAAGUGGGUCUUUAAGGUGAAAGUAAAUGUUGAUGGAAGUUUACAGAGAUGCAAAACUAGACUGGUAGUUAAGGGUUUUCAUCAGAAUGCUGGUGUAGACUAUGGUGAGACAUUUAAUCCAGUAGUUAAAGAAUCAACAAUGAGAGUGAUUCUUACAAUUGCUGUAAUGGAGAAUUAG